AUGGUGGAAGGCAAAGUGUUUGUAGUGUCGAACCGUCUCCCAGUGACCAUAAAGAGAAAAGAAGAUGGAAGCUACGACUAUUCGAUGUCCUCGGGCGGGCUAGUAACGGCACUUCAGGGUCUCAAGAAAUCCACCGAGUUCCAGUGGCUAGGCUGGCCCGGGUUGGAGAUACCGCAGGACGAGCAAGACAAGGUCAACCGCGACCUCGACUCGCAAUUCAACUGUACCGCCAUCUUCAUCCUGGACGCCGUGGCCGAGUUGCACUACAACGGGUUCAGCAACUCGAUCCUUUGGCCCUUGUUCCACUACCACCCGGGGGAAAUGAACUUUGACGAGAAUGCAUGGGCCGCCUACAUUGAAGCCAACAAGAAAUUCGCCUUGGCGCUAGUUGAGCAAGUGGAAGACAACGAUAUGAUUUGGGUGCACGAUUACCACUUGAUGGUCUUGCCCGAGAUGUUGCGCGAAAUGAUUGGCACCAGCAAGAAAAACGUUCGGAUCGGGUUCUUUUUGCAUACGCCCUUCCCUUCGAGUGAAAUUUACCGAAUCUUGCCCGUUCGAAAAGAGAUUUUGAUUGGGGUCUUGAGCUGCGACUUGAUUGGCUUCCACACCUACGACUAUGCUCGCCAUUUCCUAAGCUCGGUAUCGCGAAUCGUGCCCGCGGUCAAGACCUUGCCCAACGGCGUCGAGUACCAAGGGAGAAAAGUCCACAUUGGCGCGUUCCCCAUUGGUAUCGACGUUGAGAAAUUCACCGAGGGGUUGACCAAGCCCCAAGUGCUAGAUCGAAUCAAGCUGCUAAAGCUGAAAUUCGAGGGCGUCAAAGUGAUUGUGGGUGUAGACCGGUUAGAUUAUAUCAAGGGGGUGCCUCAAAAGCUCCAUGCGUUUGAGAUUUUCUUGCAGCAGAACCCCGAGUGGAUAGGUAAAGUUGUCUUGGUCCAGGUGGCUGUGCCUUCGAGAGGCGACGUUGAAGAGUACCAGAGCUUGAGAGCCACCGUGAAUGAACUCGUGGGAAGAAUCAAUGGCCGUUUCGGAACAGUGGAGUUUGUCCCCAUACAUUUCAUGCAUAAAUCCAUCCCUUUUGACGAGUUGAUUUCUCUUUAUGAUGUCAGCGACGUCUGUCUCGUGAGCUCGACUAGAGAUGGCAUGAACUUGGUGAGUUACGAAUACAUUGCUUGCCAGCAGGACAAAAAGGGGGUUUUGAUCUUGUCCGAGUUUGCUGGUGCCGCGCAAAGUUUGAAUGGUGCCAUCAUUGUCAAUCCUUGGAACACGGAGGAUUUGAGUGAUGCAAUCAAGGAGAGCUUGACCAUGCCCAGUGAGAAAAGAGAACACGAUUUCAAAAAGAUGUUUUCCUAUAUUUCAAAGUACACCUCGGGGUAUUGGGGUGAAUCCUUUGUCAAGGAAUUGUUCAAAUGUCAAGAUUAA